AUGGCUGGCGGUGCUGAGUUGGUCGGCUCCCUUGCAGGAGCCUUGACCAGGGCCCAUAUCGAAACGAACAAGUCAACUUACUCACUGCGCGAGCGACCGCCGCAUUUGGAUGCCCUCGCCAUCGACAGCCAAAGGGUGCCUCUCAAGCAGGAUCGACUCAACAAAAGAGAAUCCAAGCUGAGCCUGCGGAACAUUUUUGGACGACAAAAGACGAAGCGAGACGUCAUCAUCCCGGAACAAGGUCCUCCGCGACUCGAAUCACCCACCUCGCCAGGCUCCAGCUCAUUUAUGUCAGAUGCUCAUCCCUGGUCUUAUGCCCCGGACUCUUCUAUGUCUACUCUGAUGCUGCAGCAUUCGUCAAACUCCUUGGACCACACCGGCUCGUCGCCUUUACCUUCUGCCCACAGCACCCCCGGCGAGUUUACUGGCGACUACCGAGCCAACAAGCGUGCAUCUAUGGCGGAGCCCAUUCAAGGACACGCCAGUGUUGCGUCCAUGCCCUGGCCGCCGCCGCCUCUCUGUGAGGCAUACCAGCAGGCUGUCAAGCGUGCCAUGAUGUCCAUGUGCACGGCGCCGAUCGAGACCUUGCAACGCAUCAGCUCAACGGCAGCAGACGGUCUUAUAGGCCGCAAAGCCUCCGAUGCCAGCGACUUGAACAAGCGGUCCGAGCACAGGAGGAGACUGAAUCGGAACACCAUGGCGCGGAAUCCUAUCGAAUUUGCGAGCAAGAUUUACGUGUUAACGACUUCAAGCUGGCUGUUUCAGUACGCUGCCGAUGGCGAUAACGACCGGCCUCCCGAGAGAGCAUUGCGCAUCACGAAGGACUCGGCGGCGUUUGCUAGUGACUUGAUUCCUGGUCGGCAUUGGGUUAUCCAGGUACUGUCUGUGGCGGACACGGCCAUUUCAGCAAACAUCGACAACAAGGGCCGCAAGACAAGGCUCAAGGGAGUCGAUAAGCGACAGGUGUCAAACUUCCUACUUGUCUGUGAAACUCCAGAGGACAUGGAGUCCUGGCUAUCGGUACUCCGACACGAAAUCGAGAUCUUGGGUGGUCGGAAGAAGGCAUCGGAGACUGGCGUUGCGGACGACACUGGCCGCCAGCGUGAGGAGGCUAGGUACUCCCAGAUCAUUCGCGAAGACUUCUCAUGGAACCAGGAGAAUGCCCUCAGCAUGGACAAGUUGGAGCGGACACCAGAGCUUCUGCAGGAUGACGGAUCAACCACAGCCAGCCUCGACUCCUCGGACGGCAACAACUUGGAGAGCCCGCGCGACAGCAGCGGAAACCGCUUUUCCGUCGCCUCCAUGGAACUACGGGCAUUUGGGACACCGCCAAACUCCUCGCCGGCCUGCUCGCCGACGCGUCCCAACUUCUCAAGUUAUCACGACAGCUGCGAGAUGGAGCAUCUGCCAAACAUGGCCAAGUCCAUCCAUGGCGCACCUGAGAUACGUACGCGUCCAAAUGCCGCAGCCAUCUUGACUCGGCGCCAGUCGAGGCAAGCAGUGAAUGGCGACUUGGAUAUCUACACGGUCAGUGGCCGCAGACAGUCCGUAGAGUCCACGAGGCGAGACAGCGCAGAGCAUGAAUACGUCUCUGCUCCUCAGAGCAUUCCCAACUUCAGCAUACCCCAAGCCGUCAGCCGGCGUUUCUCGUCUAUCCAACCGCCAGCCAUCACCAUCAGCCAAUCGACACCACCAUCACCACCCCAGGCCGAGCCGGCCGGGCAGGACCUGCUCCGACCGACUCGAAGAGCUCCACCAACCGCGCUGCCACUGUCAAGACCCCUCUCCGUGGUUGUUGAUCUCCCCUCUCCAAUUUCUCCACGUCUCUCCCCUGGGCCCUCCAGGCAGCACACACAAGGCCAGGAGCGGCUUCCCGGACUUGAUGCUCAGUUGCAAGCGCCAGGCGCACUUGCCAGCAUUGGCGCAACUCGGAGAUUCGUAAGCUUGUCGAACCUUCGCCAUCCACAGAAGUCUACAACAGAGGUCGUGCCGGAAGGUCCGGCGUCCCGCCCUGACCCAGUGCGAGCCAUGGAGCGAGCUCAAGGACUGUCCCCAACUAUUGGAUAUUUUGGUUCCCCCACGGCCUUUGUGCCACGAAGCUCGAUGGCAGUUGAGUUUAGCCAUCCUGCUAACUACAGGCACUCUAUGCUGGGCGAGCCUGUCUCUCUCGAUGCCACACUUCAGGCACGGCCCUCCACUGCUGCCGCUGGUGCUGGGCCCGCAACAACCAGUUUCCUGUGGGAAGCGAGAUCCUCGAGCCUGACACCUAGGACUCUGGCGACACAGAGGAGCAUGCCAUCGCUGGGGGACAUGCCUCCUCCAGCUCCUCCGCCCACCUGCGCGCUGCCCCCUAUCCCGCCGAGGUACGCGCCUCCGACGUGUGCACUACCUCCUAUCCCGACCUCUGCGUCGGCGAAACGCAGAUCAAGAAUGCACACUGCCGCUACUCCUCAGACAGCGACAGCUUGA